AUGGUAGGGGGUUGCAAGUAUUUUUACGUCACUAUCGUAAGGCAGUAAGUUUCAUUCCGUUUACUUUAUUUUAAAGUGGCGAAACAAAUGAGAACAAAAAGCAAAUUAUCCAAGGUUUGUUUUUUCCUUCAGUUAUUAUAUGUUUAGGUCAAUUGGAUACUCUGCUUUCCCCGGAAGGCCUGGAACAAGCCAAAAGACUGGGCGAAAAGUUGCGUGGUCUCUACAUUGAUGAAAUUAUCAGCAGCAAUUUGAGGCGUGCGUAUGAUGUAAGGUUGUUUGCCCUUCGUUUUUUCCAAAAACUGGGGUUCCAGAACCCUUGCUCAAUAUAGCACGCGCUAUGAUGAUAGCGUUGCAGCGCGACAUCGUAUUAGCAAGGUUUUAAGCCAUGGUACCCAUCGGUUGGCAGCAAUUUACUAAUUGUGGUUAGUUGAUUCGUCCUACCGAGGCAGUACCUGUCAGCCACUGUGGCGUCACUGACGCCCGCACGCACCGAUUUCGCGCGCCCUGUAGAGGACGCACAAUAUGCAGCUAGAUUCCAGAGGCCUUGCACGAUUUCUCAGGAGUACUUGAGGAUCAUAGUACACCGUAGAGUCAUCUAGACGUCUAUAUAUACAUGUGUAUGCAUGACAUAGGGACACUCACCGUUGGCUUAGCUGUUGGCUAUACGGCACGUUCACAGGUGGUAGAUGGUGGGACGGCCUUCACCUAAGGUUAACUGUGAACUAAACAGGCUCUCUGAUCUGGCAAAUAAACAGUCGCAAACCAGGAGUGUAAAUGUCGCCAGGGCGCGAAGGGCUGAGGUCGAGCACACCGACAACCUCUUAGGAUGCCACAAAGCCCGAUGACGGCACUGUGACACGGCGAUCGCUUGCUUGCCACCUUUGCCUGUAGUUAGGUUCUUAAAUCAACGCGCUAGAGGAGAUAACCCCAUAUAAACAAUCCCGGCAGCCGUUGGAGUCCCACCAGCACUCAAAAUCGUCACGAAACGCCAUGAAAAUGCUAUGGCGUCCGCGGGGAUCGUCGCGCUCCGCAACCCUGGUACAGUAUUGCGUGCGAAUAUUACGCCGGCUGGACCGCUCGACUGGGAAUGAACUCUCGAAAUUGGACGCUGGGAUGUGCGAACGUUUUUGGACCACAGUACCCAAAAGCUAACGGUCCGCGGUCCUCAUCAGUACUACGUGGAUGUCUGCCCCCUGUCUGAAAUCCGAAUUCCCUGCGCGGGCGCUAAGGAAAUAGAUCCCUGAAGUCAACUCCCACUUUGUCGUACCACAGCGGCCCACACGACUUCUGGUUGGCACGGUGUAGCUGUCAUCUCUGAAUAAGCAAGCCGUUCACAACUUGCACCGAACUGAUGGGUCACUUUACGGACAACUCUGUCGCCUCCAUGUACGCACCAACAUAAGCUGCCAAACAGCGCGACAAAGAGGCAUUCUGCUUACAGCUGCAGGAAUUAGUUGCAAGACUCCUUCGCCAUGAUCUGCUGAUUUUUACUGAGGACUGUAUCCACUGACUCUUCCAACGGUCACCUUAUUGGCUAUUUUGGGCAUGGCUCUCGAUGCGAAAGUUGUGAGUGAAUUUUGAAUUCUCCUGAUCAGAACUGACUUUCUGACACCAUCACCUGCUUCCAGCAUUGCCGAAAGCAUUUGUUGAUUUGUUAUUCAAACAACGACCAUACGGCCAGUCUGAUCGAGUACAUUCCAGUUGGUCCAAGUUUCCGCAGCUGAGUUCAGGACAGCAGAUCGAUACCUGGUGCCAAAACUGGGAACGCCCAUGAGGCUGACCAUGUUUGCGUUCUCACACGCCUGAAAGUUCACCUCUCAUCUGCACCCAAAAUGCCACGUACGAGAGGCCUUAAUGUCACAAACCUUCAACAAUCCAGCACUGCCGAGGCCCUGAGCACAGAAAUCCGGUCCCGUUUGGUAUUCGGUGUGGCGUUCGACAGGGUUCUAUCCUGUUGCCCAUUCUGUUCAACUAUGCUAUUGACUGGAUUCUCGAGAGCGUCCUACACGAAGGUUACGGUGUUGAAUUUGCACCCGGACACUGGCUGACUGGUCUCGACUAUGCUGAUGAUAUUGCCUUACUUGUUUAAAGUUUUGGUGAUCUACGGUCUGUGGUGUUACGGGAGAACGAAGUCGCCAAAUUGGUGGGUUUAUUCAUUAACGCUGGGAAGACUAAGGUGUUUUCAAGCUGCAUCCUUCACCAGGAGAAGGCACCUGACAGGAUUGAUGACAGUCAACUUGAAGAAGUAGACAGUUUUAGAUACCUUUGGGCGAGGCUGCUGCCGAAUAGGCAGAGUAAGGAUGACAUUGUCUCCCGAAUUGAUGCUGCCCGAUUUGUUUUCUCGAGCCUGAGAGAAAGCCUAUGGAUCUGACGCGACCUCUCCAUUGUCACCAGGAUUCGUGUGUACCAUGCAUCUUUCCUUCUCUGUGGUUGUGAAUGCUGGGCUGUGCGCAUGGAGGACGAGCGAAAACUGGAGGUAUUUGACCACCACUGCUUGAGGACCAUCCUUCGAGUGAACUACACCAACUUCGUCUCAAAUGAGACAGUCCGCGCUCGCUGCGACGGCAUUGCAAGGAUAACCCAGACCAUCCAAAAAAGGCGACUGAGGUGGUUUGAUCUUCGUCGUCUGCCUCAGGAACUCGGUGUUACUGCCCUCGAUCCGGCACCGUUACCCCACUGGAAGCGUCGAAGAGAGGUCAAGUCAAAAACUGGCUCGACACAGUUUGUCAAGACAUAGAGAUGGUUGUUGGACCUUCGAUAUUCAUUCCCCGCCGUUGACGGGGAGAACGGGUUGAACUGCCCAGCUCUGCUGCCGCGGAUCGUCACGCGUGGAGAGGUAAAGUUCGGAACAUCAUCGAGGCCGCCUCGAUCAGGCAUGUUCGCAGCCGUGCCAAGUACAAGUGAGCAAGUUUUACGAUACCAGCUGAUAGAGGUGGCACUGGCCAGUCAUCACCGACGUCAUCAGUAUAUGGGCAACUGAGCAACUUCUUGGAUUUGCCGAGCGGCACUGCAGUGACUGGACCAACACAAGAAUCCUACAGUUGUCUGCCUAGACGGCUCGAGCCUACUCCUGCAACUGUGCUCCUUUCCGCCCAGGCCAGAUAAUGAGUACAAUGUCGGCUAGGGAUGACCGACAGACAUAUUGGGCUGAAAUAACGACCUCCAUAGAGCACGCCUCAGGCGUUGAUGACACUCGAAAACUACAAAAUUGUCCUCCAAGUUAUGGGUAGGCCCUCGACACCUAGUGAUUCUGUUCGCGAUGUGAAUGGCGGCUUUAUUGUUAGCAAAUCGGCCAAGGUCGAUCUUUGGCUUGAGCACUUAUAGCACCUCAACUUUUAUAAGCAAUUCACCACACCCUCUCUCUCCUCUGCAGCGGAGUUUCGUCCCUCUUCAGCCUAUGCCGUGUCAUGCAACCCCCUCCGAGGGAUAAGUUGCCGUUGCAACACAGAGGCUGGACAAUAACAAGGCGCCCCGAUAAGGCGGUAUUCCCGCUGAGAUCUGUAAGUCUUCUGUCGACAUUGGCGCUCUGGCUCCACAGCGUGAAGAUGAGGUAAUCCCUAAGGACUGGGACAAAGUGAGAGGACUGUCGCGACAUAAGCCUCAUCGACGUUGUUGGGACCGUCGUCGCUGUCGUCCUUCUCAGACGAUUCCAGUCUGCGUCCCUAGGGCGAGCCCUAAUUUAGACGGAUUCCAAGCUAGGCAUGGAUGCACGGACCAGUUAUUCAUAUUAGUGCGCAUUCUGGAAUUCUGCCAUGGCCACCAGCAAUCGCCGGUCGUCGGUUUUAUUGACUUCGCCAAUGCGUUCGAUUCCGUCUACCGUGAGUCCCUGUGGUGAACAACGGUACUAACUAGUGUGCCGGCCAAAAAUGUUGCCACGAUCAUGGCCUACAAUUACUCAAUCACUGCAGGAGUUCUCGUCCGUGACAGUCUCUCUUAACCGUUCGAUAUCCGGCCUAAUGUUCGACAAGGUUACAUCCCGUUGCCCAUUUUGUCCAACUACGUCACAGACUGGAUUCUCAGAAGGCCCUACACGGUUUUGAAGGUAUGGAGUUUGCACCUGGACGCCGGCUGACUGAUCUAGAUUACGCUGGCGAUACCGCCUUGUUAGUCUCAAGCUUUGGUGAUCUACAGUCUGUGCUAUUAUGGCUGGUUGAAGUCAUUACUUCGGUUUGUUUAUUCGUAAAUGCUGGGAAGAUCAAAUUAUUUUCACGUUGUAUCACUGACCAGGAAGCGGCACUGCUGGGGGUUAGCGGGUAUCAUUUUAAAUAGGAAGACUGCAUCAAAUACCACGUAUGAGACUGCUGCCGAAAAGGCAGGGAAAGGAUAGCAUUGUCUCCCAGACCAAUGCAGCCCACUGGGUUUUCCCAAUCCGUAAAAAGUGCACGUUGACCAGUCGCGACAUUUCCAUUGUCACAAAGAUCCACAAGUACCAAGCAUCUGCCCGAUAAGUCGUCCUGCAGAGUCUUGACUGCUGGGCUUUUACGCGUAAUCAUCGAAACCGGCUAGGUCAGGCAUGAUCACACCCGUACCAAGUAUAAGUAAGGUUACAGGACACGCUCGUCCCGUUAUUCCUUGAGGCUCAAUCUAUAGUUCUUGUAGGUAGUCGCAAAGCAACCAGUAGUAUAUGUGAAUAAGGUAAAUAAGUAGCCCAUCAUACAUGUAUGUAUGUGAAUAUGUAGCCAGAGGGUAAGGCGAUCUCUGGAAAGGAUUGUUUAAUCAUCUGAUGUGCAUAUGGAUUGCGCAUGGUAAAUACACCCCCAAAAGCACAGGGUCCCAUGAAGGUUAGAGUGAUGCUCACAAGAUGGUAACUGCCUUCGCCGGAUAGAUGGCUACAAGAAGACAGACUCCACGACGCAUGUCCCUGGUCAGCCAGUUGCACAACUCGUAAUGUAGCAAUAACGAAUUCCCAGCCGCUAACCCAUGGCGAACCAUUUGCUUGUGUAACACUAUCAGGACCCACUACGUUGCCUCAACCCACCGCCAUGUUUUAUCACCUAGCAUACGCUUGAGCCUAGGUUCCUGUCCGAGAAGCUUAUCCUUAGCUGUUUAUGUUUGAUUUGAUAACGACAGAAAUCUAGUGUUGAUAAGUACUAUGAGGGCGUGCUUCUGCGCUAUGUCGCUUCAUGUGACAGCCCCAUCUCCUUCGGGAUGAUGGAACUCUCUGCUUACAUAUAAAGGAUGAAUUAUAUUUCCUUAUUGGCUAUUCCGUAUGUCGAAAUUGGGAGAAGUUUGUGUCGUACAUGCUUCUUUUCGGAUAGUGAUUGUCAUCAUGGCUGCUAUCAUUGCUGCCGUCAUAUAUGAAAUCACACUACUUAUUAAACGAUAUUUAGAUGUAAACUUCACUAAAACACUGUUAUUAGGCCUUAUUUUAUUUCUAAUUUCAUAUUUACUACGUUUUGGUAUGGCAAUACAUUCUAUGCAUUUAAAAACAAACUUGACUUAAUUAGAGCCAUUUCUGACGUUUUCGGGAUAUUGCGCUUUUCAAAAUAACUCGACAUUUCUAAACAACGCAAUACCGCCUAUAAUAUUACUUAUAUGUUUUUAAUUCUCUUAAACUUGUACUUAAUAAACAUAGACAUUUUACUCAUGAAAUGGUGUCGGUUUGCGAGUGAUUGGCAAUCAUUCGUAAAUUUCGACACAUUUCAUGAGUUAGGUCACUAACUGUAAGUGGUGACACGAACUGGCGUCGCGUUUAGUUCCUGGCACAUACGACAUUUGUGGGAUAUCUUGUAAGGAUUUUAAACAGUUCAGGAUUUCCCGGGCGUGAUAAUAUUUCUAUGUUAUCAUCUUAAAACCCCUUUUCACCUCUAGCUUGCUGAUUAUUUGUUUUUUCGUUAGCUGGUCAUGAAUGACAAUAAAUCUCCAGUGACUACCCAGGGAUGUCUCUUGUUCACAGUUAUCCCUUUCAUCCUUUAGUAGAAAAUUUACCCACAUCAAAUCAUUUGCAUUUUUCCUCCCUUCGAUCAUUAUUUGAUUUUGCUAAUUACGCUACAGAUUUUUAAUGUCUUGUUUUUUUAAAAGACGGCAGCUGGCAUAAAAGACAACUACUCUCGGACAACUUUGCCACUCACAACCAAUAAACUUAUGCGCGAAAGAGUAAGCUCUUGUUCAGGGUUACCUCGUUCCGACUGUCACAGGAUUUUGGUAUUAAAAAUGGACAGCCGCGGUCUUUAAUACACAAGUUUAUUCAUCAGAGUAAGGAGACUCCGAAUGGAUGCGAAUUUUGGCAUGCGGACAACGCUGAAUGCGUACAUCAGGUUUGUCUGAAAUUUGUCAGUAGACCUGAUCUCUGCUGUCCUCGCAGCGGUCAUAUGCUAGAUAAUGUUUUUUCGUUUCGUUUUUCAAUAGGUUACCUGGAGAGCUAUAAACUUUUUCUUUGACCUCUGUCAGUUGGUGAACGACCGCCCGCCUCAACCGCCGCCAGCUUUUAUGCAUAUAAAUAGUCCAGAGUGUCCGGCACUGCCGAUCUUCUUGCCUAUUAAAACUGCCCCAGUGCCCGUGGCGUUUUCUCAGCCCAGCGUCUGUUCCGUAACAAACUUGCAGUCUCAGAACCCCUUUGACAUCACUGCAGGCAACGGAGCGGAUCACCGAAGCAUGCCCUAUGCCGGUCAUAUCGUCCUGGUAACUUUAUCUUAAGUUGCUUAAUUUCCUCCUCGCAUGAUCUCAGUUUUGUCUGAUUUGUGUGCAAUCACAAACAAGGCCGCUUCGUUUAGAUCCCUCUAGGCCGUUAAACUCAAUUCUUCCAUGUUCAAAGAGGAAGUCUGCACACACACACCUCGAAAAUUUCCCUUUAAAUCGGUAGCCAAAUUCUGAAGCACACUUUCUAGCCAGCACAUUUUCUUAGCUAACUCACAGCACUUAAUUUUCAGAAGAGCAAGCACUUUUAGGAUGAACCUUGUGAACAACCAUUACGGCCGGUUUAAACCACCAGGUGUGGAUAAGCUAUUUACACCAGUCGACCUGGAUCUUCCUCGUAUUGUUGUCAAAAAGCGGACUUCAUUCAUUUUAACCAGCUUCUUCUUGGCCAAUUAAGUAACUUCAUUAAGUCUUAAAGCAAGAAAUCGGGACGUCAGUUUUAUGGCUUUUUAUGUCUGAUGACGACUAUAAAAGUAGAAUACUUUUGCAGCUACGCCUACCGGUUUCGGAAAAUUAUCCCUAGUUAAAGGUUGGGAGCACUAAUUUAUCCACCCUCGCUUUCGAACCGGUUCUUGAGUUCCUGGGGUAUGAAAUAAUCAACCAAGCAAACACUCUGGGGCGUGAAUUAGCCGUCCAAUUAAAUCCCAUGUCGUUGUCGAUAGCCGUAUCGCUCUUUGUGGAAGUGGUCACACUUGGGGCUGACACAAAAGGCUGAUAUGGCUAUUUACAAUGACGUGUCGACUAGCCAAUUCGCAAUGAUUUCCCCUCUGAAAAUUGGCCUGAAGAUCACUUCGUAAAUUCUGAUAAGAUAUUAUUCCCAAUGAUCGACUCUGCAGCUUUAACAGACGCAAUUUCUUGAAUGCUUAUUUUCUACUUUCUCACUGCCCUUUCUGCCAUUUGGCUUCUUACACUUUUUUCCCAUGGUUAUCUUGUUUGAGUUAAGAACCAGCGGUGUCAUUCAUAAUUACUUAUUUUGUGGGCUUCGUGAUAUUGCUUCACGGCAUCACGAAAGAUCGCCUUCUAUUGCUGCCGGUGGGUGGCAGAUUCCCGAACGAAGUUUAACCGUUUGGUACGUCAGUUUCAAAGAUUGUAUGACUCGCUAUAUGUCUUAUUUCACCAUAUCUACAUACAUCUUCAGUCGGUCACUUCGCUAGCCACUGCCGGGUUUUGAGCGAGUUAAUAUACUAGACGAUUUCGCCGUCUGCCGACAAAACGUGAGUAAUGGGGCAGUUAGUCGGUUGUGUUCUUGGUCAGUUACAGCCGUUCGUUUGAGUCACUAUUGGGAAAACAAAUUCGAAUUAUGGGAAGCAAGCAGCUUCGAUCGAAAACUUCCAGGCGCACAGACUUUUCUCACACCGCUAAGGAUGAAUUGUCUUAACGGAAGCCUGGUCUUCUAAACUCACAUCAAUUUCACAAGUUUCGAUGUGGGCGGCUGAAGGGUACGCGUGUCUGGUUAAUUUGCCAGUCGGUUUCAUCCUUACGUUGUCCGCUUGAGAAAAAGUUCAACCCAAGUUAGCAUACGAUCCAAGAGUUCCAUUCCGCAUACUGUUGCUGGACAGGUGUCUCUUAUGGCGAAGUCGGGGUAUUCGCCUAUACCUUGAAGAAACUACCUUUCUGGGCUCACUUCGGCUUCCGCCCGUGUCUGGGACAUCGCAGGUUGUGUUUCUACCAAGGAGCUCUCCUGCACCUCAAUAUUACUGGUGUAGUCAUGGCCCCUUAAUGCACCAUUCACGACCUACCAUAAUACACUAGUGGUCUGCCAACACGUUUCGAAGUACUUCCUGCCCCGUAGUUCCACAUUGUUGGCACUGGCGGACACCAUGAGUGGCAUCAACUUGCCUGCUUUUCGCGACAGCUAAAGCCAUGGGUAAACCCUAACCAUUACCUCCGCCAAAACAGGUCCUAAGUAGCGAGAGAAGCUAGACACUGGUAGAGAGAAAGAGUACUAUAUUCUCCUUAAAACUAGUGGAAUGUAGGUUGGAGCGCACAAGAGGCGCUUGUCCGACAUGUCUGAAGUAUUAGGGGGAGUAUUAGGGCGCCUCGAGCCAGGUUAUGUCUACAUCGGCCGUGAAGUUAAUUGGCUGGUCUUGGUAGCUGUGAUUGGCCCAACACCAGCUUGUCGCAGCUACUUAUAUGCAAGUACACACCGAAGGUGCAGUUUUGCAGCCGGCGCCCGGAGUUGAGUCACUGCGCACUUUCUUCAGCCUUUACACAGACAUCGGCCCCUCCUCUUUGACAGUCAGUCUGGAAUAAUUUAAGCAGCUUCGAUGGCAGUUCAUCACGUAACUUGGUCGACUACGCAGGAUUUCGGUAAGGAGAGUUUUCGUCAAGUGGAAAAGCGAAAACCACAAAACAGACUGUUGGCAGAAGGAGCGGUGUUCGGGUACUCAUCGAAAGCCACACUCAUUCUUACCAGUGCGUUGUGGUACCGGCGGGGACGAUUGGGGACGACUACAAAAUUCUUAGCAUAAAUCUCGUGUGAGGGGGUUAUAUUAUGGUAAUUUGUACGCAACGGUCUGUCGAUUUUCAUGAGAAUCGGUGCAGUUACAUAUCCAUCCCAGCCUGGGGGUACGGCCUCUAUUUCCGAAGUUACGUCGGAAGGCUCGUUACUUGGUCGGCUAGUACUGUCGAACAGCAUUUUGAACUUUUCACCUUGCCAGGUGAUUUGUUCUUCGGUUUACUACCGUCUCAAGGAUCUCAACUAGUGGCAGGCGGUAGUCGCAUUUGUAUGUCGAUGCCCUUAGGCUGGACUUCGGCUGAAGAAUCCCAGAAUGUCGGGUUCAGAGGCUGGGCAAAAUAUUUUCGCGGGAGGAAUGGCUCACAUGAACAGGUGUAGUAUACUGCGGACGGUUUGAAGAGCGUGAUCGUCUUACCGUUUUCCAAGCGCUUAAUGCACGAGUUUAUGGGUUCGGAUGACUUGCCGGCCCACUCAGUCUUGUGCAGAUUUAUUUUUCUCCCAUUUCGUUGCGUCAGUUUUUCGGCAGAUGUCUGGCGGGGUUGGGAACCGUUUGCAUGGUAGUGUCGUAUCUAUCGGUGCAACUAUGAUAGCUACUGCCUUGGUAACUCAUUACCAAAGACUAGCUAAUGCGCCACUUCCCUUUGAGGCCUACGUUUUGCAUCAGUUUGCUCCAGCUUUCUAGUUUUUCCUCUUGUAAAAUUACAUGCUGAAACUUUAGUCAUCUUUUCUAUCAGUUGACACCCAGUGAGUACUCGCGUUUCUUUAUCUGUUUUGGUGAGCCACGGUAUAUGGACGCGGGAGUUCAUCCACCUGAUACGGACCCACAGCGAAGGCAACCUCGGUUUCCCACAGGCCAAAGACAUGAUUCCCGUGCUGAGCAACUGCCAAUUCUGCCAGUUUGGUAUCGCCUUUCGUCCUGCUGAAAUGCAAUCUUACGCGCAUCGUCUGCGCACCGAGGUGUUUGCCGCGACCUCGUCGAAGAUUUCCACAAAAGGCCCUCAUCAAUGCCCCUACAACCUCAACCUGCCAAAGAUGCCCUUCUACGCUGUGUGUUAUCAUACGCGGUUGGGAGCUGAGGACGUGAAUGGCGGGCUCGUCGAGAAAGGGAUGUCGCCUCCACCUUCAGAAAUGCCCAAGGUCGUCCGUGUGGAUGGCGCACAGGAUACUGCCAAAGCCUCCCCGGCAGCUGCUUCCAGUGGUGUGGAAACACUCUUCUUCAUGUCUGAAGAUGACGAAUAUGCUGGGCUGCCAACACUCGCCCCAUAA